CCAAGUCUCUACCUAAACAGAAGUCUUGGCAUGCCCGACAAGAGCCAUCCUUACAUCAUCAGCCUCACAAUCGGGAGCACCAGCAGCACCAUGAACGUAAAACUAGACCAAAUUCAUUAUACUCUUGGACUGGAAGUUGUGAAGGUAUCAGUUCUGCAACAGAUCACUCUGGAAGGACUGUAGUUUCAGCACGCUCUCGGUCUCUUUGCACUGAUUCACUCGUUACUCCAGCACGUGAAGUAAAUAAUUCUGCAGGAGAUGUGUAUCGCUUUGCUCCAGCCCCGCAGGAGCCAAGGCUGCGUUCAGAUUCUAUGGAAGCACGCUGGUCCUCAGACAACUCCCUAGAGGAUCGACCACCCGACCGUCGAGGUGCUACCACUAACUAUGAUAGUCUAUACUCGGAGAUAUCCAGUGAGUCAUCUGUAUAUGGCACACCUCAGCCUAGGGACUGUCUUGUACCUCGAGAAGACAGAGGUGUCUUGUCAGAUGAUGAAGCUUCUGUUGACCUUGAUGCUACUCCUCGCACCCGGAGGAAUGUUGCCCCACGUCGACGGAAGUCUCAAGGGUGCAGAUCAAGUGACGACGUACCAAGGGCAGUCAGAGCAGUGGGGGAGAGGAAUGCCUUUACCCCUCCUGCAACAUCAUACCCAUCAUCCUCAUGGCCUGGCAUGUCUACCAGAAUGUCCUCCCCUGCCUCUAGUUCCCCAAGUGGUGAAUGGUUCCAGGCUGCAGAGGUGAGCCGGACAGUGGGGGCACUGGCUGACUCCCUUACCGCAUACCGUGCCAACCUUGUUUAAAUAAAUGAUUAUUGGUGUUUUUCUUUAUAUAUAUCUAUUUCAGCCUCACUAGGAUUUCAUGUUUUCUAUGUUUUUGAAAUCUGUUCCCUUAAUCCUAGCACAGCCUAAUGCAGUGGCAAUUUAUUUAUAAGAGAGAGUUCCUGUUAGUGUAUAUGAUUUAUUUAACCUAUCAUGAGCAUGUUAAUGUUUUAAGCAUGUUUUCCUAUAUGGAAUAUAAUAGAUGACCUGAUACUGUAGCUCUAGCAUGAAGCACAAUGAUUUAAACCAUUCCAUUAUUGUCUCUGAUUUAAAGUUUGAAAGAUUAUAAAGCCUAUUAUCAAUAUACUUGUACCUUUCACUGUAAAUAUGAUAGUGCACUCCCUAGCUUUGAGAUACUUACUAUAAUUCAUGAGAUUGGCAGAUUUUCAGUUUCUCAGGAGAUUUACUAUGAACACCUAUGUGAACUUAUUCAUAGUUCAUUGUGGUCAUUUAUAGUUACCAGUUUUAAAGCUCAAAAUAAUAGUAAAUCUCCUGAUUAUGUUAAAUGCUUUGACUGCAGACUGUCUGGUGUCACUAUGACAAACUUGCCUUUAAUCACACUUCUCUGUAGUUCUUACCUACUUGCCAUCAGUUGGACUGAAUCUACAGUGAUGCUGUGUUUAUGGCCACAGUCAUGAUGAGAGCAUUCAGAUCUCAGUACAUCCUAGCACAUCCUCAUCUGAGAUUG